AUGCAUAUUCCGAUCGGCUCGUUUGCGCUUCGCGCUCUGGCUUCAGCGCCCCUCUUUAGCCCCUGGAGCACCAGUGAAUGGAUCGCCUCUGACGACACGGUUCGCAACGGGACGAGUCAUUCCUUCCUGGACAUCAUCGAGCCUGGCGCGGUCGGUAACCCGUUCAUCGAGACGAUUGUCAACUUCCACGGAAAUCUGGAUUAUGCGACACUAGGCGGUGCCGGUUUUGCUUCCCAACGAACAGUCGAUGACUGGCCCAGCAUCGAUAUUUCAGCUUACGACACCAUCACCCUAGAGGUCCCCUACUCUGACGGCAAGAAGUACACGUUCAACUUGAAGGACACUGUUCCGCCUCCCAUCAACGGCGUUGAGCAGUCUGGUGUGAGUUGGGAAUAUGAUUUCCAGAUUCCAGCGGUCAACCACACAACGGGCGACGUCGAAAAGGUCGUUAUGCCAAUCGCGGACUUUGUCCCAACAUACCGUGGAAGAGUCCAAAACGACACUGCACCUCUUGAUCUGACCAGCAUCAAGAGAGUCAACUUCAUGAUUAGAAGUUUCUUUGCCGAGCAGGACGGGGACUUCCAGUUGCACAUUAAGUCUGUGAUCGCCUCAGCUCAGGGGAGCCAGGAAUUGCGGUCUGGGGUCUAA